AUGAUCAAGAUGAUAUGGCACGGAUGGGAAAGCCCCAGCAAUUCAAACACAUCAAAUCUAGGCCUAGUCAACGGCGGUCGGGGGGCUAUGGUGUCACCCACCUCUGGCGGUCAAUACCACUGGGUAAGCGAGUAUGCGAGUCCCAGAUUUCAGAAGUUCUUGAGCUACAUUACUGGUUGGCUAUCCGUCCUAGGCUGGCAAGCAGCAUUUGCUAGUAUUACUUUUCUCUGCGGCACUCUGAUUCAAGGGUUUAUUGCUGCGAAUUCGGAGUCCUAUACUCCUGAAAGAUGGCAUGGCACUCUUCUCACCUUCGCAAUUGCAUUACUUUCCACUUUUAUCAACACCUAUGCAGCGGGCCAGUUACCCAGCUUGGAGGGUUUGAUUCUGAUAGUCCAUGUUUUUGGUUUCUUCGCCACGAUGAUUCCUCUAUGGGUAAUGGGUGAAAAGGCCGAUGCAGCAACCGUUUUCACUGAAUUCACCAACGCUGCCGAAUGGCCUAAUCUUGGCCUGGCCGUUUUAGUUGGACAGAUAACUCCAAUUUUCUCAUUCCUGGCUGAGGAGAUCCAGGACGCUUCGCGAAUUGUGCCUUGGUGCAUGGUUGCAACCGCUAUUAUUAAUGGCACUCUAGGUUUUCUCAUUCUAAUUACGUAUCUUUUUACGAUGGGUGAUAUCCAGACUGUUCUUAAUGCACCGAGUGGAUUCGCUUUUAUUUCCGCAUACCAGAAUGCACUUGGAUCCGCCGGCGGCGCUAUCGGUCUGGCUUCACUCAUCCUAAUUCUGGAAGUCUGCAGCGCCAUCAGUAUUUUGGCAACGUGCUCACGGCAGACUUUUGCCUUUGCGCGCGACAACGCGCUUCCGUUUUCCAGAUGGUUCGCCAACAUGAAUCCAAAAUCCAAAAUUCCCGUCAAUGCUGUAGUAUUCACGACUGUGGUCACCCUCCUCCUAUCUUUGAUCAAUAUCGGUUCAACGGAGGCGUUCAACGCCGUGGCGUCUCUGACAGUCGGAUCCCUCUACCUAUCUUAUAUCAUUUGCGUUGGAAGCUUCAUUGCUCGUCGCCUGCAGUCCGAACCCCUUCCACGCGGCCGAUUCAGCCUCGGAAAGUUCGGCAUGCCGAUCAAUGUCUUCGCCUUCUUCUACAUGUGUUUCGCAAUCGUCUUCACGUUUUUCCCGAACAAAUACAAUGUCACUCCUGCGUCGAUGAAUUGGUCGAUUCUGAUUUGCGGCGUGGUUAUUAUCUUUGCGAUUGUUCAGUAUAUGAUCCAUGGAAAGAAAACGUACGAAGCUCCGGUCACGCAUGUUAAGAAAGCCGAGUAA